GAAGUUUUAAGUUUUGUCAAUCAUCGCGAUUUUGUGACUUGUCGUUUGGUUGAAUUAUUAUUGUUGUUUAAACUUUUAAAGUUAAGUUAAAAUGGGGCUUGCUACUGUUAUAGAAAAUGAAGCACAUUUUCAAUCUGAAAUGGCUAAUGCUGGAACUAAAUUAGUUGUUGUCGAUUUUACAGCAACUUGGUGUCCACCAUGUCAACGAAUUGCUCCUUUUUUCGAGCAGUUGCCGGCCAAGUUUCCCAGAGCAGUUUUCUUGAAAGUCGACGUAGAUAGAUGCGCUGAAACAGCGAGUGCUCAGGGCGUCAGUGCUAUGCCAACCUUCAUAUUUUAUCGCAAUAGAACAAGAAUUGAUCGUCUCCAAGGGGCUGAUCCAGCUUCUCUGGAAAAUAAAGUUAGGCAGUAUUACAGCACCGAGGAAGCUGGAGACGAAGAUAACUCAGUUGCUGGACAUAUGGACUUGGGGACAUUCAUAACGAAAAGUGAAUGCGAGUGUUUAAAUGAGGCAGAUAACCACCCGCUGGCACAUGCCCUCACAAGUGGAGGGGGAUACUUAGCCAGUGAUUGUGAUGAACAACUUAUUAUCAAUAUAUCAUUCAAUCAGCUAGUAAAACUGCACUCACUUAAGGUUAAAGGCCCAGCAGACAAGGGCCCAAAAUUUAUAAAGAUAUUUAUUAACCAGCCUAGAACACUUGACUUUGACCAAGCUGCUGGUAAUGCAUCUAUACAAGAAUUAGAAUUAACACCAAGUGAUUUGGAAGGCAAUCCUGUACCACUGAAAUAUGUCAAGUUCCAAAGCGUCCAAAACAUUCAACUAUUCAUAAAGGACAACCAGUCUGGUGAUGAAGUCACUCAGAUUGAUCAUCUAGCUUUCUACGGCUCCCCAAUCUCCACCACGAACAUGGGUGAAUUCAAACGUGUCGCCGGCAAAAAGGGCGAGAGUCACUAGCCCAGACUUUUGCAAUUAUGUCGUUAAAUUUACAUUUUUGAAGCAACAUUAUUAAAACAUACUUCGGUAUUUUAACAGUUGUUGCUUUAAAAUAUACGACAUUCAAUUGCAUACCUGAAUAUGAACUCUAAUGAUACAAUUUUUACGUAUAUUCAAGUGAAUGUUGCAUUUGUAUAGUUAAGAACACCAGUUUGUGUCAAAAGACGUAAAAUUAAUAUUUCAUGUGUCACAAUAUAUUUAUUAUAACCAUAUGAAUAUUCACAUAAGCAUACAAUAUGUAAUAAUCAAGUCAGAUUUGUAGCCAGGUAUUUGUAUAUUCAAUAAAUAAAUAAAAGAUGG